CGUUACAACUUUAUUUCGGGUCGGAUCGGGUGCGAUAUCGUCACAUCAAAUGGAUAUAGAAAUCCAUUGAGUAUAUACAUCCAAUACUCGGUGGUACUCUAAUUUGGCUUGAAGAGUGAAAAUGGCUGCUUCUUGUUCGAGUAUAGUUCAUGGCUUUAUGCCCAUCUUACCUCAACCUCGAACCCGCUUCAAAACCCUAAAUUUUCCCAUCAUUCACCCUCAGUUACUUUCUUCUAAUUCUUGUUUAACUUCAACUUCUAAAUUUCUACAGCCAAAGCUCCAAAUUAGCGGCUUAAGAUACCGGAAUUCUAAUGCGCCAGUCAUCGUCGCUGUCCAAUCCAAUUUCUUGAAAGUAAUCCAGACAUUUCUUAAAAUUGGCAAAGAUGGAAUCGAGGCAGGAACCAAUCUUGUGCCAGAUGUCGUCCCAAGACCAGUUGCACGAGUGUCUGUUGGUGUACUUGCCUCUGCUGUUACUCUUUUUGUGGUCCGGUCAAUCUUGUCUACAGUUUUCUUCACAGUGGCCUUCAUGGGAUUUGUGUAUUUCGUGUAUCUUGCUCUAAACAAAGACAAAGGACCUAAUUUGGAUGACAAGCCCGGUUCCACAGAUGAAGCUAUAGAAGAGGCAAGAAAGAUUAUGGAUAAAUACAAAUAAGCUUCAAUCAAAGAGUAUUUUCUCUGUACUGAACUUUUAAUGUUUCAAAAGUACAUAUGUUCUUUUUGAUGAAUUCUCAUAGAUAUACCGUAUAUUUGAAUAUUGGAAAUGUUUUAUAUAUUGAAUUUCCAACGUAUACAAGUAUAAUAAUCAUGAUUCAUGAACCUAACCUAAAGUUUACGGCUGAAGCAUGGAAACGAUCGAGUCCGAUUGAAAGGGUAAAUACUUGCUUGUGUGUACACUUUGGCUUCAGCACAGCCACAGAGGAAGAAAUUAAUUGUAUCAUCAACCAUUGAUGGGGCACUGCUGAUACCCGUUUUUGUGCGUGAAAAUGUGUAUUAGAUUCAAAGUUUCUUCCCCCCUUUUAUCCGAAGAUGUUGAAGUCGAAAUUUUGUGGUCGUUUUCCAUGAAGAGACAGUCGCAACACGAAAACUAAUACUUCUAUAUUUUUUCUAGAUAUAAUUAACAGUGAACAUUCUGUUUCGCUCUUGCUUUUGCUCGUCAUGUCCAUGGAUUGGCCACCAUUUUGCUGUAUAAAAGCUUACCUGAAAUCAAGAUUAUUGCCAAGCAUUGUAUUA